CCCUGCCAGCCCAGCACACAGGCUCGUGGGUUACAAAUACUUGAGCAGGGAUGUUUGUCUCUCUGCCGUAGCCCACUGCCUCCUCGGUGAGAUCGGAAGGGGCUCCCAGUGUCUAACGCAGCCCCAGGACCAGGGCCCUACAUCAGCGUUCACCCUGGAGGAGAUGGAGGCCCUGCUGCUGCUGGCCCUCUCCAUCCUGACCGGUGCAGGCUGCCAGGACUGGGGGGUGACCCUGCCCGUGGACCCCCUGGCUGGAUGGAGCGGCUCAUGUGUGACAAUCCCUUGCUCCUACACCUACCCCGAGGGGCAGCUCGUCAGGGCCGUGACCUGGAGCCGGAACAAGGAGAGAAUUGUGCGGCUCACUGCAGCAGCGGGGCAGGGCUAUGGCAAGGCCGAGCGCGUCCAGUUCCUGGGCGACCUGCAGCACAAUUGCACCCUGCGCCUCAACCCGCUGGCGCUCGGAGACGGGGGCGCCUACUCCUUUGAGUUCCAGACCCAGAGCCAAAGCUGGAGAAGCCCCCGAGCCCUGUGCCUCACGGUGUCAGAACAUCCCUGCAGGGUCAAUUAUGGCAUGGCCAGGGCCGGGGGAGCCCUGAGCGGCAGCUUGUUCUGCUCCAUCUCCGAGCGCUGCUCCUCCUCCGGCCUGUAUUGGUAUGAUGGAGCCGGCACGCGGAUCCUGACGGAAACUGCAGCUGGCCAACGCGAGAGCCGGCUGAGCAUGCACAUCGUCUGGCAGCACCGGGGGGCGGCGCUGGAGUGCCGGGUGCGGGGCUACCAGAAUAGGUGCCUCCCCAAAGGGUCCCAGCCCCCAGCCACAGGCUGGACCCCCCACCUGAAGGUCCUGGUGGACGCGGACGGCCCGGGCCCGAUCAGGGAGGGUGACUCGUUCACACUGAGAUGCGUGGAGGACAGCAGGUCGCUGGACCAGUUCUACUUCUGGAUUCACAACUAUGAGGAUCUGCCCGGGGGCCCCUCUGUGCAGAUCAAGGGGGCAACCUUGUCUCACGGGGGCAAUUACACCUGCAUGAAGUGGGUCUCCGGCACCGGGCGUGGCUACCUAGCUAUAUCCCCCACCACUUAUGUGGCCAUCCUUGCCCCCCCCGUGGUGCAUGUGGUGGCCACCCCAGGCCCUCAUCGCAGCACGGGGGAACCCCUGUCCCUGAUGUGCCAGCUGGACACCAGCGCCUAUGGCGGAGUAGGCUUCUCCUGGUACAAGGAUGGCGAGCGGCUGGGGUGGGCACAGCCAGAACUGGCUUUCCUGGGCGUCCAGGUGGCUGAUGGGGGAGAAUAUCAGUGUGAGGUGCACAACACCCUAGGGAAAUCCACCUCUCUGCCACUCACCAUCACUGUUGUGUACGGCAGUGACUGGUACCAGCUGAGCCCUGGCCCCAUGGCAGGCUUCGGAGCAGGGGUCCUGCUGCUCUUCCUCCUGAGCAACCUCGGGGUUUAUUGUCUGGCCAGGAGAAUCCGCCAACGGAAAGAACCGGGGGGGAGUCUGCAGAAGGGCAGCAGAGAGGACCCCAGCAACCCACAGAGAGACUCACUCUAUGAGGAAAUCCCGUGUGCCGGGGAGAUUCCCUGCCCCUCGGAUGACAACGGCGACUAUUAUAACAGUACCAAGGACUAUUGUAACUGAGCACGGCCAAGACCCCUGCCAACCGUCCACCGUCCCCUCCGCACUGCCGCAACCCGGAUCUCGAUGAGAAUCCACUGCUCACACCCGGGGCAGCAUUUACCCUCCUCCAUGAGCUGGGGAAACCCAGGAGAACCCAGGUGUCCUGAUUCCCAGCCCUCCUCCCACACCGCAGCAGAGCCCUGGGGCAAGGUCCCACUUGGGCCACUGGAACUGGGCAUUUCUGGGGCAGUUUAAUUUGUAGUUCCUAUUUUCCAGGCUGUGUUGGCUUUUGGGAGGCAGGCUGGCCUAGCAGACAGAGAACAGGACUGGGAGGGAGGCGAUCUGAAGUCUGCCUGCCCACGGGCAACUCACAGCCCUGCUCUGUGCCUCAGUUUCCCCAAAAUGAUCCUGCCCUCCUGUGUAUAGUGCUUGGAGAUCUCUGGCCGGAAAGCACUAGACAUGGACAAGGUGUCAUUACCCACCAGGCUGCUGUUACCCUCCAGGUCCAGGCCCUUUCUCAGCUUUAACACAGUUUUCGUCAGGGAAUUGCCUUUGUUUUGUUUAUUGUUACUGGAUAAUAAAGUGGGUUGACAAACCCAUCAGUUUGGGUGACUGCCACGGGACAGGGAGGCUUUGCUGAGGGCAGGGGGCUCCGAGGCUCGAAAGGGAAAAAUGACGCAGCAAGCAGCCUUUCAAAGGUGGGUUUUUAGCAGAUUGUGCAACCAGGAGCCAAUCGCUCUCCGGCAGGAAAUUAAAAACAAACAAACAAAAAACAGAAAAGCAGCAGAAGUCUCUCCCCCCCGACACCCCCAGAGCAGCAAGGCGCUACUUAAUGAAAUGAAUUGGCAAUUACAAAUGCAUCCGAUGAGUGAGCUGGAGCUCACGAAAGCUUAUGCUCAAAUAAAUUGGUUAGUCUCUAA